AUGUUGGAAAACCACACACGACGCGUUGAAAGGGCGACGUGUGUGGUUGGCACUGGAGCAAGCAGCGGCGUCGGCGUCGGCGUCGGCGUCGGCGUCGGCGUCGGCGUCGGCGUCGGCGUCGGCGUCGGCGUCGGCGUCGGCGUCGGCGUCGGCGUCGGCGUCGGCGUCGGCGUCGGCGUCGGCGUCGGCGUCGGCGUCGGCGUCGGCGUCGGCGUCGGCGUCGGCGUCGGCGUCGGCGUCGGCGUCGGCGUCGGCGUCGGCGUCGGCGUCGGCGUCGGUGCUGGUCAGUUGAGGAAGGCAAUGGCAGUAGGACUACAGAAGAGGCUGGUUGAUGGCUGGGUUGCGACGCCAGGACAAGUCAGUGACGGGUCUGUGGUGUCUGUAACAGUCAGAGCUGGGUCUUCAAUGACGACGGCGGCGACGGGACUGGAAGUUGCAAUGGAGGUCUGUGCAAAUGGCAGCAGUGUUGGUUUGUUGAAGAAGAAGAACACAGCGGUGGCCUCUGGCAGUGCAGAAACGAAGCUUUCUUGA